AUGAAAUUCAUCUCGACUCUCUUGUUUGCUUCUUUGGCCAUCCGCAGUGCCAAUGCUAUCUACCUUCCAGCUACUGACUUUGGGGCAGGCUGCCUCAACUUUCAAGAUGACGGAAGCUGGACCCAAGUCCCUGAUUUUGUGACGAAUGGUCCAGCUUUGGUUGUUCCCGAAUCCCCCUUUCGAUUUAGCAAUGAUACCAGCUUUCCGGACGAAGCAGUAUGGGUGAAAGCCACUGGUGAACUCGCCGCCUCUGACAAUGAUUGGACUCUUGACAUUUUUGACACAAGUUCUCAGAACGGUGGCACACAUGAAGCUUGGUACAAGAGCAAUGACCAUGGCACGUUUGCUACGACUUGGCAUUCGACAUCUGCCAAUGGCAAUGAACACAACACAUUUCAGAUUGUAAUCUCGGAGGCCAUUGGGGGUGAUAUGGGAGAAGGAAACAACGUCUGCUUUUGCUACGGUGAUAUGCAGUGGGGACCAGGCGAUGUUCGUAUUGAAUCAUCUAACAAUACUGAUCAUACUCACAUCGACUUUUCGGGUGGAACUUAUGAGAGCACGGCCGACGACAACUCUCUUGACCACAAGACUUGUUGCUUCCAUGCCAACAAACUCAAGGAAUUGGGAUCCAGCGCAGACUUUGCAAGUCUCUGUCAUGCCCGAGCUACUGAGGCUGCUGGUGCCAAUGGGGAUCCACACUUCAAGACUUGGCAAAAUGAACACUUCGAGUACCAUGGACAGUGCGACCUUGUCUUGACCAAAGAUGCAGACUUUGCCAACGGACUUGGCAUUGAUGUUCACAUCCGCACCAAACUAGUGAGACACUGGAGCUACAUUAGGAAUGCCGUUAUUCGCAUUGGCAAUGACAUUUUGGAAAUUGAAGGCUCUGCUCUGGAGUUUGAUUCCGACACUCACUACUGGAUCAACUACGAGUCCCAAGGAGAACUCACCGAGUUUGCCGGCUUUCCCGUAACGAUGUUCUCUCAACAAGGAACCAAAGUCACCAAGAAUCGAAUCGAGAUUGACUUGGAUUCCGUCUACCCAGGACAAAAGAUUGUCCUUUCUACUUACAAGGAGUUUGUCAAGGUUUCUUUCGAGAAUGCCAAUGAGGAAUCGUUUGGAAAGACUGUUGGCAUUUUGGGCGAUUUCAAGACUGGUAAAACUUUGGCUCGCGAUGGCGUUACCGAGCUCGAUGACUUUACCGAAGUCGGGCAUGAAUGGCAAGUCCUUCCAUCGGACAAACAUUUGUUCCAUGAAGUCUCUGCUCCUCAAUUCCCCGAAAGAUGCAUCGAUCCCGAAGAUCCACGUGGGGAUCGCCGUCGUUUGGAUGGAUCUUCCAUCAGUGAGGAGGAAGCCGAAGCUGCUUGUGCUCAACUGGAGGACAAGUUGGACCGUAAGGACUGCGUAUAUGACAUCUUGGCCACCCAAGAUUUGGACAUGGCCGGAGCCUACUAA